AUGGACGACCUCUACGAUGAGUUUGGCAACUAUAUUGGCGAAGCUGUCGAGUCCGAAGCAGAGAGUGAACGGGACGACGACACUGGACCUUCCUAUGUCUACGAUGAGGACUCAGAAGAGGAGCAACCUGUCCACGAUGAGCAGGCUCUCAUGGAAGUAGAUGGCACAGCCUCCAAUGCAGUCGUUCUUCACGAAGACAAGCAGUAUUACCCGACAGCACAGCAAUUAUACGGCGAAGACGUCGAAACUCUAGUACAAGAAGAAGAUGCGCAGCCACUGAGUGUUCCAAUCAUCAAACCAGUCGAGCAGAAGAAGUUUCAAGUUCAAGAGGCAGACCUACCACCAGUAUACUACUCGAGGGAGUUUAUGAGCGAUCUAUUGAGUUUUCCAGAAGGUAUACGGAACAUUGCGAUUGCAGGACAUUUACAUCAUGGCAAGACUGCGUUUGUGGAUAUGUUGGUGCAGCAGACACACGACUUGCAGGGAAGAUUGGACAAGAGAACAGGCAAGAAACGAGAUUUGCAGUUGAGGUACACGGACACACACUUCCUGGAGCGCGAACGAGGGCUGAGCAUCAAGAGUGCACCGAUCAGUUUGGUCAUGCAAGGUACAAGAGGAAAGAGCCAUAUGCUGAACCUGAUCGACACGCCUGGUCAUGUCAACUUCGUGGAUGAGGUCGCAUGCAGCAUGCGCCUGGUCGAUGGUGUUGCAAUCGUGGUCGAUGUUGUGGAAGGGGUUCAGAUCAAUACUGAGCAGGUCAUCAAGCAUGCUGCAAGGGAAGAUCUCCCGAUGGUUCUGAUCAUCAACAAGGUGGACCGACUAAUGCUCGAGUUGAAGCUACCACCCACAGAUGCAUAUUUCAAGCUACGGCAUGUUAUAGAACAGGUUAACUCGGUGAUCGAGGGUGUGCUAGGCAAAGCCGGGGAAAAGAGACGAUUAUCGCCAGAAAAGGGCAAUGUGGCGUUCGCAUGUGCUGAUAUGGAUUGGGUAUUUACUCUAAGCUCGUUCGCGAGACAGUACUCAGAAAAGUUCUCAAAACUGGAUUCAUCUGAGUUUGCAAAGAGACUUUGGGGUGAUAUCUUUUAUAACCCACGCUCGAGGAAGUUCUCACGAAAAGCUGUUGAAGAGGGUGCGAAGAGGUCAUUCGUGCACUGGGUACUGGAGCCAACCUACAAGUUGUACUCACAUACAAUAUCAGAAAGCCCUGAAGACUUGGCAGACACGUUAGCCACGCUGGACAUAAUCUUGAAACCGAGCCAGCUCAAAGAGGAUGCGAAGACGCUACUCAAGUUGACUUGUGCACAAUUCUUUGGCGAUGCAAGUCCUUUUGUGGAUAUGGUUGUGCAGCACAUUCCGUCACCUAUCGAAGGUGCACAGCGCAACCUCGAACGAUACUAUACUGGACCGACAGAUACGUCGACUGCCACGGCGAUGAGCAAAUGCGACCCUGAUGGUCCGUUAGUCGUGCAAAUUACCAAGCUAUACAACAACGUGGAUGCCUCCGGCUUCAAUGCGUUUGGCCGUAUCAUGUCUGGCACAGCAUAUCCUGAUACUGAAGUCCAAGUGCUAGGCGAGACCUAUAGUCUCGACGACCCUGAAGAUGCCACGAAAGGCACCAUCUCUGACGUUCAAAUAGCUUGCUCGCGGUAUAGUAUACGUGUGUCGGGCUUGCCUGCAGGCAACCUGGUUCUACUCUCCGGCAUAUCCAAUUCAAUAAGCAAGACUGCGACGGUUGUACCAGUGUCGAUGCCGGACAAUGAGGACCCAUAUAUUUUCCGACCAGUACGCCACUUUACCGAGUCUGUCAUGAAGGUCGCGGUAGAGCCCAUCAAUCCGUCCGAGCUGCCAAAGAUGUUGGAGGGCCUACGGAAGAUCAGCAGGUCGUAUCCUUUGGUGACGACCAAGGUUGAAGAGUCCGGCGAGCAUGUAGUUCUAGGUACAGGAGAGCUGUAUAUGGAUUGUGUAUUGCAUGAUCUGAGGACGUUGUAUGCUGAAAUGGACAUCAAGGUCUCCGAUCCAGUCACCCGAUUUUGCGAAACGGUCACCGAGACGUCAGCAAUCAUGUGCUAUGCUAUCACUCAAAAUAAGAUGAACAGGGUCUAUAUGGUUGCUGAACCGCUUGACGAUGGCAUUGCAGAAGACAUCGAAGCAGGCAAAGUAUCAAUGGUACGCCAGCCAAUUCGCGAAGUAGCAAAGUUCUUUCAAGACAACUACGACUGGGAUGUGCUCGCUGCACGAAGCAUCUGGGCUUUUGGUCCAGAAGAGCAGUCACCCAACGUUCUGGUUGAUGAUACUGUGCCUUCGACAACAGACAAGAAGCUACUCAAGAAUGUCAAGGAGAGCAUCAAGCAAGGUUUCAGCUGGGCAACACGUGAAGGCCCGCUUGGCGAGGAACCAGUACGAAAUGUCAAAUUCAGAAUUACAAAGGUUGAGCUAGCAGAAGAAGGCGUACGUCGUGGUGCAGGGCAAAUUAUUCCCGCUGCACGAAGAGCCGUCUAUUCCAGCUUCCUAACCGCGCAGCCACGACUCAUGGAACCAGUCUAUGCUGUGCAUAUGCUUGGACCUGCUGAUGCUGUACCUGCUUUGUACACUGUCCUGACUAAGAGACGUGGACACGUCUUGACUGAUGGACCAGUAGCUGGAACUCCACUCUACGCAGCCAAGGCGUUGAUCCCAGUGAUCGACAGUUUUGGUUUCGAGACAGACCUGCGUAUUCAUACACAAGGUGCGGCCAGCGUCAGUCUGGUUUUUGAGAAAUGGGACGUUGUACCUGGCGAUCCACUUGACAAGACUAUCAAAUUGAGACCAUUAGAAAUGGCCGGACCACAACAGGCUGCCAGAGAUUUCAUGCUUAAGACAAGAAGGCGCAAAGGUCUUGCAGAGGAUGUGAGUAUACAGAAGGUGCUUGAACCCGAGUUGUGGAAGGGGUUGCAAGAAAGUGGUAUGCUUGACUGA